ACAUGUUGGAAGGUGACAUUCCGGCCAGUCUUGGCAGUUGUGUUGGAUUGGAAGUGCUCAAAAUGCAAGAGAACUCUUUUCGAGGCUCCAUUCCUUCAUCUCUUAGCAUGUUGAGGAAUGUCAAGGAGCUAGAUCUUUCACACAACAAUUUAUCUGGUCAGAUUCCGGAGUUUUUCGAGGCACUUCACUCAUUGGGGAUCCUGAAUCUAUCGUACAAUAAUUUUGAAGGCACAUUACCCACUAAAGGAAUCUUUAGUAAUGCCAACACUACUUUUGUCUUCGGAAAUGACAAGCUUUGUGCAGGAAUGCCUGAAUUUCAUCUCCGAAAAUGCAGAUCUAGAAACUCCAACAGGAUAUUAAUCCCUAAAUGGAAGCUCGCCAUCUCGAUUUUCUUCGGGGUUUCAGGAAUAGCUCUUGUUCUUGCUCUUAUAUACUUUCGUUGGUUGAAGAAGAAAAGAACGGAACCAGCUUCAAGUUCUAAAGAUGAUUCGUCACUGAAUCUAUCUUACGGAAAUCUCCUUAAAGCAACCAAUGGGUUUUCUUCAAAUAACUUGAUUGGGGUCGGUGGUUUUGGAUCUGUAUACAAGGGAGUCCUUGAUGAGAAUGGAACUGUUAUUGCUGUGAAGGUACUUAAUUUGAUGCUUCAUGGAGCUGUGAAGAGCUUCUUAUCCGAGUGCGAGGCUUUAAAGGAUGUCCGACACCGUAAUCUUUUGAAAGUCCUCACAGUAUGCUCGGGCAUUGAUUAUAGGGGCAAUGAGUUUAAGGCCUUGGUUUAUGAGUUCAUGGUCAAUGGGAGCCUAGAAGAUUGGCUGCAUCCAAGACCAUCAUCAGCUAAUCUAGGUGGGAAUGCGCAGAAAUUGAGUCUCAUCCAGAGGAUAAAUAUUUCCGUCGAUGUUGCUUCAGCAUUAGAUUAUCUCCACAACCACUUGCAAAGUCCUGUUAUCCAUUGUGAUCUGAAGCCAAGCAACGUUCUGCUAGAUGCUGAAAUGGUUGGACAUGUUGGAGACUUUGGUUUGGCGAAGGUCGUGAUUGAAUCCACCGAUGACGCUAAAGCGAAGAUGAGCUCAGCUGGUGUAAGAGGAACCGUCGGCUAUGCUGCUCCAGAAUAUGGAAUGGAAAGCAUGGUUUCAAGAGAAGGCGAUGUUUAUAGUUAUGGCAUUCUUUUGCUUGAGAUGUUCACUGGUGUGAGUCCAACAAAUGAAAUGUUCGGAGAAAAUUUAAACCUUCAUAACUUCGUCAAAGAAGCCUUGCCUGGACAUCUCCUAGAGAUUACCGAUCCUAUUCUACUUCAAGAGAUGGAGAGCCAUAUGGGCACUGGCAGAGGUGAUGCAGCUCGCGAAUGUCUGGAGAUGGUCUAUGCAAUCGGAGUUGCCUGCUCAGUCGAAGCACGCAGAGAGCGGACGAACAUUGCGGAAGUCGCAGCUCAGCUGCAUUUUAUCAGGGAUAAACUUCAUGCAGCUGGUUUACGAGGAUAGGUUUCCGCCCAAUUGCUGCAAGAACUGCAAGUAACUUUUUAAAUUUGACGACAGCUCGAUGCAUUCCUUCUUCCGCGAACCUUUUCAUGAACGAUUCACCCGUGGGGCCGAGCAGGAAUUUGAG